AUGUCUGUUUUUCUACUUCCUUUGAAAAUAUGUCAAAGCCUUGAAAGCAUUAUGAGUGACUUUCGGUGGCAGUCUUCUAAGAGCAAGAAGGGAGUUAGCUGGGUUAGUUGGAAGAAACUUUGCAAGCAUAAGAUCUCUGGUGGAUUGGUCUUUAGGGAUUUUAGAAAUUACAAUCUUGAUUUGUUAGGAAAACAAGCUUGGAGGUUGCUAACUGAUGAAUCCUCUCUGGUUUGCAAAGUAUAUAAAGCAAGAUAUUUUCCCAAUGGUUCCUUUCUCACAGCUGCACUUGGGAACAAUCCUAGCUUUAUAUGGAAAAGCAUACUUGAAAUAAAGGAUAUCAUCAAAGCAGGUGCUCGAAUGCAAAUUGGUAAUGGCCAAAACACAAUGAUCACAACUGAUCCAUGGUUACUUGAUUUAGAACAGCCAGACCAUGGACUGAUUUUGGAGAUUCCUCUUACCAACUCAAAUGUAGUCGAUUGUUGGAAUUUGAUUAGAGAUGCAUCAUGUUAUUACUCACUGAAGAGUGCUUAUAGAUUCUUGCAACAGGAGGUUGAUGUUGAUUUACAAAAUAAUGAGUUUUGGAAGAAGACUGCUGUCAGCACUGUUGCUGCAACAGAUGGGGAUUUCAAAAAAUGGUUCCAGGAUGUAACUCAAAGUGGUAAUGCCUAUACUUCUACAAAAAUUUUAAUGAUAGCUUGGCAAAUUUGGCUAACUCGUAAUGAUGUGCUAUGGAAUCAAAGAUCAAAAUUGGCAGCAAAUGUAGUCUUCAUAGCAAAAUCUCACUUUAAUCAAUGGUAUUGCGCUCAACAAAACCAGUUGGAAUCUCUCCUUGUUCAUAACAACCAAGGAUUGAUUAUAGAGCAUUGGACUAAACAUGUGGCUAAUAUGAUUAAGGUUAAUGUUGAUGGGGCUAUAUUUGAAGCAAAUUGUUCUUUUGGGUUUGGUUUCAUUGCCCGAGAUAGUAAUGGACUUAUGCUUAACGUUGUUUCGAAGAGUCUCCCUGGCCAUGUUACAGCUGAAAUAGCUGAGACUUUUGGCAGCGACAAUGUAAAGAAGCUGCCAUCUGCAUUUGGUUUACUAGUUUGGGAUUGUAAACAACUCCUUGCUGAGUUAGGUAAUGUCAAUUUAAGAUUUGUUAAGCGUUCUGUUGAUAAGGUUGCGCAUUUUAUUGCACAAAGUGCUUGUUCCUUGUCAGCUCGUGUUUUUCAUUUUCAUGAUUUCCCUGUAGAAUUGCUAGACAUUUUGCGAACCAACCAUAAAGAUGAACAUGAAUAUGCCAAUCAGCCGUUAGUUCGGAUGAUUGGGGCCUUAGGUUCCAAAGUCCAAAGUCAGAGUUCGAGUAACCCACCUUGA